CGCUACCUGAACACUCGGUGUCUCAUUCCACCACGGUCAAACCUGCCGGCAGAGUUCCUGUUCUUCAGCUCCACACUCAUCAUUUCAUUCGGAAACUUGAAACGGAAUUUAUAUUUAUAACAAAACAUCGUUUUAUUUAUUUAAAGUAAACGUAAUCGUCAAGCUAACUUCACAGGUAACCGUUGCUUCAAGGUCGAACGUAAUUUGUACAGAAAAAAAAAGGAAUUUAACGUAACAGCAUAGCCGGCUCGUGCUAACAAAGAAAUUCCUUUCUCUUCAGAAAUAAUCCCCCAUUACUCUCUUUAGUUAUGAGUCAUGUGGUCGUUGAUAAUCCACACGGUCUAGAUCAGCAGCUUGCUGCCCUAGACUUGAACAACGCUGACGGACAAGGCGGAGGAACUGGCAGGCGUUACAUUCCACCUCACUUGAGAAACAAAGAAUCAUCUAAAAAUGAUUCACCUGGAUGGGACGGUGGACGCGGCAAUGGAUUUGUGAAUGGUUAUAACGACAACUGCACAAAUGGGGGCUUUGGAGGACGAGGACCCCCUCGCAAUGAUAGAGGUGGGCGUGGCGCCUACCGUGGUAACGGGGGUGGAGGCUCGUUUGAUCAACAAUUACAAAAUGCAGGGGUCGGCGGUGAUGGCAACUGGGCCGGAGCCCCUAGGGAUGCUGCCUACAACAGCUUUGGCGGACGCACUGAUAGGUCAAAGUCUACCUUCUUCAAUGACCGUGGGACCGGAGGCUCAAGGGGGGGAAGAUUUGAGCGUGGGGGCUUUUCUGGUGGUGGAGGAGGCGGCAGCCGCUGGACGGACGAAACCAGAGACGACGAUUGGUCCAAGCCUACUCCUGCCAACGAGCGCCUGGAACAUGAGCUUUUCUCUGCAAGCAACACUGGGAUAAACUUUGAGAAAUACGAUGAUAUUCCCGUGGAGGCCACUGGAAGCAAUUGCCCGCCCCACAUUGACGUCUUCCACGAUGUCGACAUGGGGGAGAUUAUUAUGGCUAACAUCGCCUUGAGUCGCUACGAUAGUCCCACCCCGGUGCAGAAGCAUGCUAUCCCCAUCAUCAAGACCAAGAGGGACCUGAUGGCUUGCGCCCAGACUGGCUCCGGGAAGACCGCUGCGUUCUUGCUGCCAGUGCUGAGUCAGAUGUACUGCGAGGGUCCAGGAGAGGCGCUGUCCGCCGCCAAGAACAGUGGACAGGAUAACGGCAGGUAUGGCCGCCGUAAGCAGUACCCGAUCGGCCUCAUCCUGGCCCCCACCAGAGAGCUGGCGUUGCAGAUCUACGACGAGGCGAGAAAGUUCGCCUACCGCUCUCGUGUGCGUCCCUGCGUGGUGUAUGGCGGUGCUGACAUUGGCCAGCAGAUCAGGGAGUUGGAGAGAGGCUGUCACCUGCUGGUGGCCACACCUGGACGUCUGGUUGACAUGAUGGAGAGGGGAAAGAUCGCCCUGGACUAUUGCAACUUCCUGGUCCUGGACGAGGCUGACCGCAUGUUGGACAUGGGAUUUGAGCCGCAGAUCAGACGCAUUGUGGAGCAGGACACGAUGCCGGCUAAAGGCAGCCGCCAGACCAUGAUGUUCAGUGCCACCUUCCCCAAGGAGAUCCAGAUCCUCGCUCGUGACUUCCUGGAGGACUACAUUUUCCUGGCAGUGGGCCGUGUGGGUUCCACUUCAGAAAACAUCACGCAGAAGGUGGUCUGGGUGGAGGAUAACGACAAGAGGUCGUUCCUCCUCGACCUGCUCAAUGCCACAGUUAUUCCCAGUGAUGCGCCGGAAGGUGGGCCAGAAGUUGCAGAUAAACCGGUCAAAGAGUCGUUGACUCUGGUGUUUGUGGAAACCAAGAAGGGAGCCGAUGCUCUGGAAGACUUCCUUUACCACGAGGGUUACUCCUGCACCAGCAUCCACGGAGACCGAUCCCAGAGAGACCGGGAGGAGGCUCUGCAUCAGUUCCGCUCCGGGCGCUGCCCCAUCUUGGUGGCCACAGCUGUGGCUGCCAGAGGUCUGGACAUCAGCAAUGUGAAGCACGUCAUCAACUUUGAUUUGCCCAGCGACAUUGAGGAAUACGUUCACCGUAUUGGCCGUACGGGACGUGUGGGCAACCUUGGUCUGGCCACGUCGUUCUUUAACGACAAAAACAGCAACAUAACCAAAGACUUGCUGGACAUUUUGGUGGAGGCCAAGCAGGAGGUUCCCUCCUGGCUUGAGAGCCUGGCCUACGAGCACCAGCACAAGAGCACCACCCGAGGACGCGGCAAGAGGUUCUCUGGUGGUUUCGGCGCUCGAGAUUACCGUCAGACGCCUGGAGGUGGCCCUGGGAACUUCCCAGGCAGCCGGGGCGGCACGCGAACCCCUGGAGGAAGCCGUGGUUUUGGUGGAGGUGGAUUUGGCGGCGGCAGCAACUUCUACAGCAACGACGGCUACGGAGGAAGUUACAGCAACUCUGGUAGUGUGGAUUGGUGGGGCAACUAGUCGCCAUAGGAAUGGGUUGCCAUGCCGACCCGACCAAUGGAAACCACAUGUUAACUUAAGCCAGACCAUAAUAAAACCCUCCCUGUGUAGCUUCACUGACACACAGUACAUUACCAACCCUGGUUCUCUGCCAUUCGCUUCUCUCAAAACGGAAGUGCAGCACGACGCAAAGGAAGCCACCAAGCACGUGCGACGCACCGGAGACCGCAGAGAUUCGCACACCUCAGAGCGAGCACGGAUGCUGACAUGCAUUGUCCGACAGCAACUUCGGACUUUCAUUGUUAAAAGUAUUUUUGUUCUUUUUUGUGGGAAGGAAAAAAAAAAACGAGAAAAAAACAAAAAAAAAACUGGAAUCGAAUAACCUGAGGAUCAUUUGUAUGUUAAUGUACUGUGCCUUUGGAACUUAGACAGGAACUAUGUUUUCAUUUCACCAGGUGAACAUGGCCAAGAGCUCUAAAUUUGAUUUUACUAUUUUGUUUGGUGAAAAAAUAUUAGAAAGGUAAAAUAAGCUUGGACUUAAUCAAACCUUGGCAAACUCUGGGGUAUUGUGGCUCUAAGUCAUGAUUCCAUUUGAACUUCAAAUUUAUCGCAGGAACAUCAUGUAGCCUUUUCUACAGUCAAACAGCUAAUGGAGCCGCGACUACGUCUAAUACAAACUGGGCCACUCCGUGA